CAGGAGAGAGGAGGCUGAUUCAAUUUAAUUCAAUUCUAAAGGGAAAAAAAGUCCAACUACAUGCAAUGGAAAAGCUGCUUUAAAAAACAAAUUUGUCCUGCUCUGUUUACUUCCAAAAUGACAGUUUGUAGGUGACUUUACAUGUUGACAAAUGGAGAAUUACUGAAAUUUGCCGGCCUUUUUAUGUGACCAGGAAACACAGCCUUGUUGGACUGCUGAUUUUGGUUGCCUGAAGGAGAGAGGCGGUGCUCGACAAAAUCAGCUCUGUUAUAAGCCAAGGCAGAAAAACUGGUAUUAGUAAGACUUUGACCUAUUCCCACAGCAGGAAUCCGACUACAGGCUUCUAUUGUUUCAUGCAUGCAGAGGACGAGACCUUUUUGGAACUCCAAAAAAUUCCUUACUGGAUGGCCCGGGGAAAAGCACUGAAAUAGGUCAGCACUAGGGUUCCUGUGCUUAUCUCAAAAAGGGGAAAGAAGUGGACAAAAAGAAGGAACAGGCUGACACAAAAUUUUCAAGGUGAAAAGAAUUAACAGAUAUCUGCUGGGAAAAGGACCUUCACCACAUUUUGACUGACUUCUCAUCGGAGCUGCUACUAAAUUUAUGUUUGAUGAUGUUACUUUCUUCAGUCAUGCUCCUAAAGACGACUAAGUGCAAUCGUUUCUGUCUGGUGUCUACACUUGUGGACAGUGCAGUGUUUAGCCACCCAGACACAAGGGAUGAGUUCGAGGGGCUCUUUCGGCCAUUCGACGCCGGGGUUUCGUUCCAGUUCUUCAAAAGCUUCCGGCGUGUGCGCAUCAACUUCACGGAUGCACUUGCCGCGUCUGAGGCCCGCGUGAACCUCCACAAGAGCAACUUCAAUGGCAAAGAGAUGCGCCUCUAUUUCGCUCAGUCUGUUCAUAUAGGCAGUCCUCGACUAGAACCUCCAAAGCCGGAGAAGCAGUUCCUCAUCUCCCCCCCAUCCUCCCCCCCUGUGGGCUGGGCACAGUCUCAGGAUGCCACUCCUGUCAUUAAUUAUGACCUUCUGUGUGCCGUCUCCAAACUUGGCCCAGGCGAGCAGUAUGAACUCCACAGUGGGACCACCACCACUCCCAGUGUGAUCGUGCACGUGUGCGAGGACGACAGCUCGGGUGGUGAGGAAGAAACAGAGGGGGCGAAGCGCGCCCGCCCCAAAAUCAUCCAGACCCGCCGCCCAGAUUACGGCCCAUCCGUCAAACAGUGAAGCUGCAAGCCUGGGACACUUCAUCUACUCGAACGUCCUGUCCAGCUCCGGGAGACACAGUCAUGUGGUUUGCCUUCCCUACCAUCCCUGGGAUGGGGUGCAGUGAGUGUAAGCACCUCUUCCUGAUUUGGGACGGGUGGGGGGUACUCACCUUCAUCAUCUCAUAUGGGUUUGAUUUAAUACUGGUUAAAUUACAUGCAACCAGAGAUUUAGAAAUGUGACUCUUUUCAUUUUGUUUAACAAUUUUUUUUUUCCUUUUAUCAUUACAUUUGUGUCCUCGAAAGUAGCACUUGGGGUGUGCUAACCCUUUUAUUUUUUCUACUUAAGUUGACAAAAAGGUUGUUUUUAUUUAACCCAGAGGACAUGUCUGGAUGUUGGCUGGCUGUUUCUUCAUGUCUGGAUGUUGACUGUACACUGUUGGGGAGGUGGCGCUGAUGUUGGCCCACUCUGUAGCCUAUUGUCUCUUUUGCGCUCUCUCUCUGUUGAUUCUUGUCUUCUGCAAAAAUAUUGUUAGUGUUGCUGAAAUUUCCACAACCUUCUCAGAAUAUUAUGCACUUUAAAAUAGAGCCUUAUAAUGUGGUAUAUGUUAUAACCUUAUUAAGUAUUUGUCACAGCAUAUCAUCUGUGUUACCUGAAUUGCUCUAUCAUGCUCUACUGUCUGUGGAAACUAGCUAUAUGUCAUCGCCACUGUCAGAGGAUCAAGAAAAUGGAAGUCUGAAAUGCAUCCUGUGAUUUUCAGCAAACGUAGUGUACUGUAUGUACAGUAUUUGUGGUAUCUGAAUGUCGCCCCUAUCUAUUGAGUUCCAGGAUUUAUAUCUUGAAUGAACUAAUUUCGUUCUUAGGCAGCAGGAAUUUGAGAUAAAGGGAGCAUCAGCCUCCCAUUAAUAAAACAGCAGUGACCAAA